UUUUGUUUUUUUUUGGUUUUUUUUGUUUUUUUUUUUUUUUUCGGAGCUGGGGACGGAACCCAGGGCCUUGCACUUGCUAGGCAAGCGCUCUACCACUGAACUAAAUCCUCAACCCUGGUUUUUUUUUUUUUUUUUUUUAAGGGUAUAUCACCUUUCCCCUCGGUUUUCUAGGGUCUAGACAAUACAAGUCUAGAUUUAGCAGCCAAGAUCCUUUUCCAAUUGUAUGAAGUCAUGUCAAACUACUUCUAGUCUUCUCAUAUAGUCUACCACUCUAGACCUUUGCCUAAAUUAAUAAAGCCAUGCAAUGGAAGCAGUCUCUCCACAGGCCAUGAUCCCCAACCAAUGAAAAUUCUCCCUCCCUAGGAGUCAUCUCAACUACCACCUGUUUCAGAAUCCACUUCCCUUAUCCUCCUAGGUCUUCAAGCAUCCCUCAACUGAGUAACUUUUCAGUGCUGUUUUACAAUCCAUCAUGCUCCCUAGCAAGGGAUGAUUCAAGUUUUGUAGGCAGACUAGGGUCAGAUCUUGCUGUCUGGGGCUCUCCACCACUUAGCUGAACAUCUGGAGCCAAGCCUGUCCUUUCCUUGCUGCCUGGAAAGGGAACACGGCCCGGCUGUGCCAGAUUUUCUCGGCUCCGCCGCUCUACUUUCCUCCCCGAAGUCCGCAUCUUUCCACUCCUCAGCAACUAAAUUUGUGGGCCGCCAAAUAGGAAGUUUAAUCGCUAACAGACAACCACUUUCUAAGAAAGAAGAACACAUUUAAUCCUCAGUCUCCCCCGAGGCCCUCCGCGCGCCGCGCGACGAGAACAGACUACGAGUCCCAGGAUGCCUUGCGGCGGCGGCGGCAGCAGCAGACGUGGCACCGCGCGGAGGUUGAGCCGAGCGGAAAGCCGGGAGGUGGCGGAGCCGAAGUCAUGGCGGCCAGAGCAGCGGGUAGCGGGGGCUGGGAGGUGGUGAAGAGGAGCCGGCGACCUGGAGCAAGCAGCGGUGGGCGAGGUGGCGGCGGUGACCGCCGGGCACUCGGAGAGGCAAAUGGAGUGUGGAAAUAUGACCUGAGCUCGCCAAUCCAGCCUACAAGCACUCUUUAUGAGCGUGGCUUUGAGAAAAUCAUGAAGCGGCAGAAUAAAGAGCAAGUUCCACCCCCUGCUGCAGAGUCUAAGAAACCAGUAAACAAGAAGCAACCCAAGAAGGUGACAGCUGUUGCUAGCCAAAACCAGAAGCAGGGCCCGUUCCGAAGCCUGGAGGAUGCACUGAAAGCUCUGGAUGUGGCAGCUCUGCAGAAGGAACUGGACAAGAGCCAGAGUGUGUUCACUGGGAACCCCUCCGUGUGGCUGAAGGACCUGGCCAGCUAUCUCAACUACAAGCUCCAGACGCCACGGAUGGAGCCCACUCUGAGCCAGUAUCCACAUGAUUAUCCCUACAGCCUCGUGAGCCGAGAACUACGUGGGAUUAUCCGGGGGCUCCUGACCAAAGCUGCAGGGUCUGUGGAGCUCUUUUUUGACCACUGUCUAUUCACCAUGCUGCAAGAGCUGGAUAAGACACCAGGGGAGUCGCUACAUGGGUACCGCAUCUGUAUUCAAGCCAUUCUGCAAGACAAGCCCAAGAUUGUCACCUCAAACCUGGACAAGUUCCUGGAGCUUCUGCGGUCCCACCAGAGCCGACCAGCAAAGUGCCUGACCAUCAUGUGGGCCCUGGGGCAAGCGGGUUUCACCAACCUCACUGAGGGACUGAAAGUGUGGCUGGGGAUCAUGCUGCCUGUGCUGGGUAUCAAGUCUCUGUCUCCCUUUGCCAUCGCAUACCUGGACCGGCUGCUCCUGAUGUAUCCCAACCUCACCAAAGGCUUUGGCAUGAUUGGCCCCAAGGACUUCUUCCCACUUCUAGACUUUGCCUAUAUGCCCAACAACUCCCUGAGCCCCAGCCUGCAGGAACAGCUGUGCCAGCUCUUCCCCCGAUUGAAGGUGCUGGCAUUUGGGGCCAAGCCGGAAUCUUCCCUGCACACCUACUUCCCCUCAUUCCUGUCCAGAGCCACCCCGAGCUGUCCUGCUGCCAUGAAGAAAGAGCUCCUGGCUAGCCUGACCCAGUGCCUGACUGUGGACCCCCUCAGCACUAGUGUCUGGAGACAACUGUACCCUAAGCACCUAUCACAGUCCAGCCUGCUGCUGGAGCACCUGCUCACGUCCUGGGAGCAGAUCCCCAAGAAGGCACGGAAAUGUUUGCAGGAGACCAUUCAGUCCUUCACACUGACCAACCAGGAGCUUCUGAAGAAGGGCAGUGGCAGCAAUGAGCAUGUUGUCACCUGUGACACAGCCUGCAAGGGCUUGCUGCAGCAGGCCCGGGGCCCUCGGCCACCCUGGGCCCGGCUGCUUCUGCUGCUUCUGGUCUUUGCAGUAGGGUUCCUAUGUCAUGACCUUCGGUCGCACAGCUCUUUCCAAGCCUCCCUCACUGGCCGGUUGCUUCAAUCAUCUGGUCUCUUGCCUGUUGCCCAGCAAGUAUGUGCCAAGCUCUACUCCUACAGCCUGCAAAGCUACAACUGGCUGCAGGAGACCUUGCCAGCCUGUGGCUCCUACCUGCUUGCUGUGGUACAGCCCAGUUUGCAGCUGGCCUGGACAUACAUCUAUGCCACAUUCAGCUUCCUUUCUGCCUACUGUGCCUCCUACCUUGCCUUCUUCAGUGACAGCCUUGCUGGUGUCUUGCAGAGGGUCCAGCUCCCUGAGGCCCUGCACCAGCUCUUCCACUCCUUGAAGGAGCUGCUGCUGCUUUUCUACCAUAGUGUGCUGCUGCCCAUGUGGCACUUACUGCUUGCAGCCCUGGCCCAAGUCCAGGAGCAUUGCCACGAGGCCUGCAGAGGGGAAAUGACCUGGGACUGCAUUAAGACACAGUUCAGCACAGCUGCCCAUUGGACCUGGCUCUGCCUGCAGGAUGUCACAGUGGCUUUCUUGGACUGGGCACUCACCAUGAUAUCCCAGCAAUAGACCCUGCCUGGCUGGCCACUGGUUUCUGUGGUGGGCUAGCUACUGGAGAGUGCUGGGGGUUAGAGGAGGCAGCCCUCUCUUCACUCGGUGCCUGAGUUCUGCCUCCCAGGCAAGAGGCUAGGUGUCUCGGCCUUACUUCUCCAUCUCCUAUCUUCAGGGGACUGGGAAGAAGCUUCUCAGCCUCCUGCCCACAGGUCUGUUACAUCAGACGUCUACUUACAUCAGGCCCAGUUGCACAUCCUCCAAGCUUCCUCUGGGCUGACAGCCUUUCUCCACUUCUCUCUCCCCUCUCCAUCCCUCCAUCUCAUCACUUAUGCCACCAUAGCCCACCAUAGCCCACCUCCAGAAGAAGGGAAGUAGCCUCCCUUCCCUGUUCCUGGUCAUCACUUAAACCACAACAGAAAACGGAACGGACUUCAGAAUGGCCAGCACCACGGGGGCCAGCAACAGCCUCACUUCUACUAGCAGCCUGGGAGGCCAUCAAUGGACAUGCAGGCCAUGUGGACAGGCCUGUUACCUCAGAACACCCAGAACAUGCACACCUUCUAAGGAGGCCACUUGUCCCCUGCUCUGUUAGUGAGCGCCCUGGCUUCUCAACUCCAUUCUGCUUGGUACUGGGGCUCCUCUCAGUCAGAUCCGUCCACAGCACAGUCCACAUGAAGGGCAGCGCCCUUCCUUCCAUCAGCCUGCAGAAGGGAGUCAACAUGGCUUCUGGGGAGAAUAAAGGACACACACUGGG